AAAAAAACGUUGCUUACCAGCCACCACUAAACAAGAAAAAGAAGAAGGAAAACUGGUACCGAUGCCACAGAGGUCAAGUUUAUGUGGAUUCCGGCCGAUUAUGACAUAGCGGGAAACGAGUUGGCCGACAGAGUUGCUGAAAGUGGAGCAAAGAAAAAUUUUGUAGUUCUGAAUGUGAAAAGAAGCAUGAAUCUGGUUAGGGGUAGUUAAAUUACAUGUUAAGAGCGGUGUGAUGGACAAAUCGAGGCUUAAUAUUCAAAAGAAAGUGGGUGAAUUUACAAAGUGUAAUAGAUUAACCAAAUAAGAGGAUGUUACAUCAAGGAUGAGAUUUUGUCAUACAAGAAUAAACAGCGCCCUUAAACUAAUUACCAAACAUGACACAGGAUUUUGCCAUUACUGCAGACAGAUGGGCAGUGUAAUAAAUAUUUUCAUGGUAAAUGGUAAAUGGACUGAACUUAUAUAGCGACUUUCCAGUCAUACAGACACCUUAAAGCGCUUUAUUUCAUGAGAGGUAUGUGUCAUAAAUUUUCAUAAGAAUGAGUUGGGGAUAAGGGAGUUACUUCAAAGAACAUUAAAGGAUAUAGUUUUGUUGAUAUUUUUACCUGGAAAGAAACUGGGAUUUUAAAAAUAGGUUUAGAGUUAGGUUAAACUCCGAAUCUACACUCCAAUCCAGAAGGGGGCGGUAAGGCGCCUAAAGGUUAUUUGCCAGCCACCGUAAAAACAGAAGAAGAAGAAGAAGGAAAACUAGUGCCUUGUGAUUAUAGUCGUUUUUGCCUCUAAUUAUGUCAAGCCCUUCAGCUGUCCAGUUAACUCUACCACAGUGGGAAGGGGGUUGUCGGAAAAUUCGUUUUAUUCAUUUAGUGACUCCGACGUCGUUCAGGUUGACCAACUGUCUCAGCCAGGAUCCAGUGAUUCCGCUGUAUUUAGGAGCUGAUCUCCUGUCCAAUACUGACAUCCGGGUGGAAAACCAUCCCAGAUAUCAUGCAAAGUUUGCAAAGAAAGGACUUGCCACUAAAGUACAUUUUUCCUCAGCAAUCAGAUUCCAGGGGUUAAAGGUGCCUGCUGCAAAUAACAGCUUGUGGUUUUACAGCAUUCAAGGACUUUUCCGAUUAGCCUUUGAAAUGUACAAUAAGCAAGAGCAGCUUGCAGUGUUGGAGAACUUCCAGGAUGUUUGGAAAUCACAGAUAAACGAAAGCCCACUAGAAAUUAAUUACAGCCUCAGUGUGCAGCUUGACAUUCCAGUGUCUCCAAGCGUGUCCAACACAGAGUCAGGGAGUGGAAUAUCUGGACAUAAUUGUAGCCAGGUUAACCGGAACGUCACGCAUGCAUGUGUUGGAGAAACAUCUGAUACAUCAGCAGAUCAUGAUUAUUGUUCAUUUACAAAGCAAAGCUGGCAAAAGGAGCAGAUGCAUCCUGUUGUAGCCACACUCCGAGAAAGGCUGGACCGUGUGGUUGAUCAGCUCCACUCUCCGCAUCAAAGCUGCACAGAUCGUCUGGAAACUAUCUUGCUGCUCUUAGAAAAGAUCGAUCGAUACAUGAAUGGCAACCUGGAUGAAAAGGAUGCAACGGAAGCUGUGUUGGCACUACUGAAGGCUGAAGACUGGACCAAAGACUCUGUGUAUUCAAGUUCCCUGCUCACUUGUGUAGGACGGUGGCUCGGGCAGCAGUUUCAUGCAGCCAACAGCAGCAUCAGCCAGAAAGUGGAGGGUUUUAAAGUUCAGCACAUUGAGCGAAUCAGUGAUUUGCCACCUGCUGAGGAGCUGGCUGCAGAACUCUUUCCAGAAGCCAUGCAGACUCUGCUGCUGCAGUGGAUGGGUUUGUGUGAUGAGUCAACUGAAGGAAAGAGACACAGUGAAUAUCCAAUCCUGCUUCUUAUUCUGGAGUUUGCAAACCAUAACCUCAUUACCGGUGUUGCUCAUGUGCUCUACUCAAGUCUAAUAUGUAAAUGAGAUUUCCAUAGAGCAACCAAUACAAUACCUGCACUAUUCUUGCUGUUUUUUCUGUAAAUUACUUCUUUCCUAGCAAUAAAUCAUUUCAGCCUUUCACCCUCA